AAAUCCUCCGGCGUACUCUUUCAAACAUUCCCCACUUGCUCCCCCAACGCGCGUGUUCUUCACGUCAACCUUUCACCGGCUGUGUACCCAAACUCCCCUCUUCUUCAAUCCUUUCCGCAGUCCAGCAGCGCGUGAAAAGUUAACCGUUUCCUUACUUGGUGAAAUCCCGAAAAUACCCUCACUGACAGUUGAAGCCUCGUUUUCAUCGUUUCGGUACGUCGACCGGCGCGUGGAAAAUUACAGUUCUUUAUAGAGAGUGAAUUCCCGAAAAUGCCCUCAUCGACGGUUUAAACCCCACUCGAGCUCCUCCCCCACUGCAAAUCCUUUGUAACAAAAGGAUUUUUCUCUCCGCUUUCACAAAACAAUCGAGGAAAUCAUAAUACAAUGGACACUCAGAUUCAAGCUUCAUUAUCUUCUUCUUCUUCCAUUGAAUCUACAGAUGCCGCGGAUCGUGAAUCUGGGAAUUUCGGGUGUUUGCAUUAUCGAAGGAGAUGCAAGAUUAAAGCGCCUUGUUGCGAUGAGAUCUUUGAUUGUAGGCAUUGUCAUAAUGAAGCUAAGAACUCCCUUGAAUUGGGAACUCUUGAUCCACAUGAUGUUCCUCGCCAUCAAGUUCAGAAGGUUAUCUGUUCCUUAUGUGAUACAGAACAAGAUGUUCAGCAGUACUGCAUGAACUGUGGAGUCUGUUUUGGGAAGUACUUCUGCAGCAUAUGCAAAUUCUUUGAUGACGACGUUUCAAAGAGUCAAUAUCAUUGUGAUGAAUGCGGAAUCUGCAGGACUGGGGGGAAGGAAAAUUUCUUCCAUUGCAAGACAUGUGGAUGUUGCUAUUCAAAAUUAAUGAAAGACGGACAUCGUUGCAUCGAACGAGCAAUGCAUCAUAGCUGCCCUGUCUGCUUUGAGUUUCUAUUUGACACAACAAAAGACAUCAGUGUCUUACCUUGUGGCCAUACCAUACAUUUGGAAUGUGCAAAGGAGAUGGAGUCACAUUUCCAGUACUCUUGCCCUGUUUGCUCAAAGUCAAUCUGUGACAUGUCUAGGUUGUGGGAAAAGCUUGAUAGAGUGAUUGCUUCGACCCCGAUGCCUGAUAUGUAUAAAAACAAGAAGGUGUGGAUUCUAUGUAAUGACUGUGGUGCAGAAGGUGAAGUUCAAUUCCAUGUGAUAGCUCAUAAAUGCUUGGACUGCAACUCCUACAACACUAAACAGACAAUAGGAAGAAGACCUACUGCUUCUUGCUCAUCCACACCGGUGCCUGAGAUAGCGAGUUGACUUUCCUACCAAAAGAAGAUUAAAAGAAGAAAUUCUUGGUACUACCUUCCUUGAAUAGGUUGUACAAUUGUGUCCUUAAGUUCUAAGAAAAGAUUAUUGGUCUUUCUCGCCAUGACGCGGUUGCCCUCUCAUAACUAUUAGAUGCAUUGCUUCAAUACAAAUGAGCACUAUAAAUCUAAUGGCUAUAGGAGAGUUAACCAUAAUAAGACUAUUGCAUCUCAGAUUUUGGUCAAAUGGUUCUAUACCAUUCCACAUGGCAUGUGUGUAUAUAGAAAUUUUGUUGUAAUUAUAUGUUUUAAGGUUCAAUUUGGCUCAUCGUUCCUGUC